AGCAGCUUCCAGCAGGAGCCCCACCAAGACUGCAGGCCGCCGCAUUGGCCCCACCACCCCUCACCCUGCGCGGUCAUCCUCCAGCUGUUGGUUCUGCUGCCGGCUGACAAAAGCAUUCUGAGAGCGGAGCGACACCAGCACUCCGAGGACAACUUUACGUCUCACACCGGGAAUCAUCUGAGGAUCACAAUGAACUCUUCUCCCGUUUCUAUACAGGGUCAUUUCAUGAUGAGCCUCACAGAGAAACCCUGCAUACCCAGCUAGCAAUAGAUUAAAUCAGUUCAACUAAUAGUGUGUGUGUGUGUUUUUUUUUUUUUAAAGUAGAAUAACAUUAAAAGUACUGAUGGAUACAACUACAUUAGCAACACUGGCUGCUGCCACCGCUGCAGCUCUGGCCUCCCAAUCAGACAUGUCGGACUACCUUUGGCUCUUGGUGGUCGGAUUCAUCAUCGCCUUCAUCCUGGCAUUCUCUGUGGGAGCCAAUGACGUCGCAAACUCCUUUGGUACGGCGGUAGGCUCCGGAGUGGUCACCUUGCGGCAGGCCUGCAUCCUGGCCACCAUCUUUGAGACGGUGGGCUCAGUGCUGUUGGGGGCAAAGGUCAGCGAGACCAUCCGUCAGGGGAUCAUCGACGUACAGAUGUACAAUGGCUCAGAACAUGUCCUCAUGGCAGGAUCGAUCAGUGCCAUGUGUGGCUCUGCUGUGUGGCAGCUGGCUGCAUCAUUCCUGAAGCUCCCCAUCUCUGGAACCCACUGCAUUGUUGGAGCCACAAUUGGCUUUUCAAUGGUAGCGAGAGGCCACCAAGGGGUCAAAUGGAUGGAACUACUACGCAUUGUGGCAUCCUGGUUCCUGUCGCCUAUUCUGUCGGGAAUCAUGUCGGGAAUUCUCUUUUAUUCCGUCCGCAUAUUCAUCCUGAACAAGUCUAACCCUGUACCAAACGGACUGAGAGCUCUGCCUGUCUUCUAUGCCAUCACUAUGGGCAUCAACCUCUUCUCCAUCAUGUUUACAGGAGCUCCACUGCUCGGCUUCGACAGAGUGCCGUGGUGGGGUACGCUGUGCCUUUCUUUGGGCUGUGCCAUCAUUACCGCUCUGGUUGUUUGGUUUGUUGUCUGUCCACGCCUAAAGAAGAAAAUUGAACGGGAAACAGCUCCUGCUCCCUUUGAGACUCCAUUGAUGGAGAAGAACUCCAGCAAACCUCCAGCAGAGCACCCCCAAAGUCCAUCUGACCUGCAUCUGCAGAACUCUCCAGCAGAAAGUCAGAAGGUGGCCUUUAAACUUGGAGGCUCAGAGGAGGCUGAUCUAAACAACGACAUAGAAGCUAAAGAUCUUGACAUCUCUAAUGGUCUGAAUGGCUCUGUUGGCCACAUGACGAUCACUGAUCCUCACAGUGGAUGCUCACAUACGAUCCACAAGGACUCUGGCCUUUACAAGGACCUGCUGCAUAAGCUCCACAAGGCCAAGGUUGGGGACUGCAUUGGUGACAGUGACACGGAGGAGCGGCCCCUGAGGAGGAACAACAGCUACACAUCCUACACUAUGGCUAUAUAUGGUAUCCAAGGCGAUCCUAAAUACAAGGAUGUGGACACUGGCUUUCAGAGGAGACCUCGGGUGGACAGUCACAGCAGCUACAACUCAGCUAUGACUAGUGGUAGUUCUGUCCUGGAUGGAAGCGUGACUCAGGAAGCCGAUGAAAACGUUGUCGUGGAGGAGGACAAGCUGGAGAUUGACCAACCUGCAGUGUCUUUGCUUUUCCAAUUUUUGCAGAUACUCACCGCGUGCUUUGGCUCUUUUGCUCAUGGGGGAAAUGACGUCAGCAAUGCUAUUGGCCCACUGGUGGCCCUUUGGCUUCUCUAUGAGAGUGGGUCUGUGGUGUCGAACGCUCCUACGCCCAUCUGGUUGCUCCUAUAUGGUGGAGUUGGAAUCUGUGCUGGACUCUGGGUUUGGGGAAGGAGGGUGAUCCAGACCAUGGGUAAAGACCUGACACCCAUUACACCCUCAAGUGGAUUUAGCAUUGAGCUGGCUUCAGCUGUCACAGUUGUCGUGGCAUCUAAUGUUGGUCUUCCUAUCAGCACGACACAUUGCAAGGUGGGAUCUGUGGUGGCUGUAGGAUGGCUGCGCUCCAGGAAAUCAGUUGACUGGCGUCUGUUCAGGAAUAUCUUUAUCGCCUGGUUUGUUACAGUUCCUAUCUCUGGGCUCAUCAGCGCUGCCAUUAUGGCUCUCUUCAUAUAUGUUAUUCUAUGAACCCCCUGCCAUCCUAACAAACUGUGACCUUGCAGACUGCUUCCUGCUGGGGAUUUUUUUCACCAAUUUGUUAAAAAUGUGCCUAAAACCUUUUCACUUUGUUCUCUACAAAUGAUUGAUGUAUCAUGUAGUGUAAUUCCAUCUCAAGUGAAUUAUUUAAUUUAUAGGAAUGUUUUCAAGAAUGGCAUAGACAUCUAGUAACACUGUUCAAAUGUCCAAAAGACUGUGAUCCUGUACAGUAUAUUCUUCUGUAUAUUUGUAUAAAUAAAUUUGAAUAAUUCACAUCUGUCUUCUGAAUGCAGUAGUCAAUAACUUGAAUUUAACUUAAAUGAUUGAUUUAGGUUCCAUUCAAGUUAUUGAAUGGAAAGGGUUGCUUUAUGAGACAGGAUUUCAGAAUACGUAUGUUAGCGUGUUUGCAAAGAAAAUAUUUACCUAAUAACAGUUUUGUAACUACAAUACAUUUUGUGAGUUCGAAUUUUAAAUUAAGAAAUUAUUUGAACAAAGUUUCCAGUUUUGCUUUUGUGUGUUUAAUAUAGUAUUUAUGUAAAUGUAUAAAUAUUUUUCUGCACUUGUAUUCAUUUAAUAUUAUUUCAAAUGAUAGUAAAAUGUGAAUUAAAAUUCAGAUAAUUAUUUGAUCUAAUUAUCUUAUUCUACCACAAGGAGGUGCUGUUGCUGUGAAAGCGGAUGGAUGGAUGGAUUAUGAUUAUGAUUCAUUUUUCUAGUCUUGCAGCAGAUUCUCAAAUGGAUUUAGGUCUGAACAAAUAUGAUUUAAUUGUAAAAAUGCUUUGGUUUUAAUUUGCUUUUGGUCAUCAGUCUAACAGGUAGGAUUGACAAUGAAGAGUAAUAAUUCAUUUCUAUUCGUUUUGUCUGUACAGAGCAAAUUUACAACAAAUACCAUCUCAAGGCACUUUACAGACAAACAGAUCCAGUUGAUAUCUAAUUCAAGUCCUCGGUCUUCACAGAUUGGAAGUUGAGAGGACAAACACAGAAAGUAAAAAAACAGAAGCAGUAGUCAAGGCACAAGCCUACAUGCAGGAAUUUGGUUUACAUAAAACAAAUUAGUCAUUGUAUAUUGUUAUUAAUACUAAUUAAUAUUAAUUAUGGUAUUUUAAUAAAAUGACUUUCCUACUU